AUGAAUAAAAUAAUCCAGGAUAAGUUUAUUCCGCAGCAGUUGGUGUACUUUAUAGCCGGCAGGCGCUGCUGCCAGUUGUUUCCAUGCACAUUCCGGACAAGCGAGCAUGAAGCAUUCUGUAAUUGCGCCCGAUCCUUGGGUCUCCGAUCGCAGAUUGUACACAUGAAUGGGAACAUAUCCGUUAAGAUCUACAAACAGGGAUGUCGUCACUACCUGGAGGAGCCCAAGAUGCUAACCCUGUCCUCCGGGGCCACGCUGAACAUGUUUACAUUACUGGGCAGGAAGUCGUUCAUGGGUAAGAACGAUCUGGAGCUUACAGCGGAUGUGUCAUCCCUAAAGGCUGAUACAUCGGACUUACCGUCGUUGCAUCUUCCGUUACCGGCCAUCCGCCCGCCAAAUCCUUUUUUCUGGACGGAGUCACAGCGUAACAUCCUGGCCACUUUUCCGGGAUACCGGUUGCGUGACACGAUAUUGUGGCCAAUGUACGCCAAUCGCGUGAUUGUCUUCAACGCCGAACUCUCCUGGGACAAAUCUUUUUUCCUACCCUUGCUUAUCCUGAAUGACUGCCAGAACAAGAAGACCAACGCCAAGAUAAUCUGCAUAGAGAUGCAGGGCAUCGUGGCUACUUACAACAGCCAGCGGAUGGCCAAUUUCUUUGGCGAGGAGUUGGGUGAAACAGUUGGCGUUCAGUUGCCGCACUUCAGCGCCGUUAGUUCCAACACCUACGUAAUUUUUUCGACCGCGCAGUACUUUCUGCGGUCUCUGGCCAAACAAAAGUUCAGAAAUGUCAGCCACCUGGUGGUGAACGAUGUGCAUCUGCAUGAUCCCUAUACCGACCUUCUGUUGAGCGAAAUUCGCCUGGGUUUGUGUACUCACCCAAACCUGAGAGUGGUAUUGCUAUCGCAGAUGGGCGAAACCAAGAAAUUCACUGACUUCUUUGGCGAGGGAGCAGAGCUGAAUAUGAUAAAGCAACCAGAGUCUAGAUCCCGUAUUUCCUACUUGAACGACCUGCAUAGCUGCAUUGCCUUGGCCGGGAUUCACAGGGGUCCGCACAUCUACAAGGAGGUUCCCGAGGCUUUCCGCACCCAGAGCCAGCGCAACGAGCAAAUGGACAAGUGCCUGCAGGCCUACGGAGAGAUGGGGACGGAUGCAUCCAUACGUCCCUUUCUCUAUGCUGUAAACUACGACCUGGUUCCAGUAAACUAUCGCCACUCCCUGAACGGAAAGACGGCGGUGCAUUUCGCCUCCGAGCUUAAUAAGGCCAGUCAUCUGCGUUUGCUCCUUUUCAUGGGAGCCGAUCCCUAUAUCGUAGACCAGUAUCAGCAGAAUGCCAUCUCAUUGGCGGCCAUGAAUGGCAAUCACGAGUGUAUAGAUGUUCUGAAUAACUACAGCCUCCAUGGCUAUGUGGUUAAGAGCGCCAAGCCGGAUUUCGUUGACUAUGAUCUAAUUAUAGACAUCAUGUAUCUUUUGCGCACCAAACCGGAGUACUCGCGAGGGCAAGUUCAUCCCGGCAACAUCCUCAUCAUUUUGCCCACCUUCUAUCACUUGGUUAAACUAAACUAUAUGAUACUGAGUCACUGCCUGACUGGCAGCCUUCAGGAGUGCUCCAUAUUUUUGCUGCACGAGCACAUGCGGAUGGACUACCUUGACGCUUUGGUCGGCACCGACAUUGCUGAUGACACGGUGAAGGUUGUUUUAGCAACGGGUAUAAUAGAAUCGCUCCCAUUGAAGGUACCCUUCAAAUACGAAAUAGAUACCGCUUGCCGCGUGAUAAACAUCUAUGAUAGCAGCACAUACAGCGGGGAUGAUCGCUACGAAUGGGUUGGCAAAGAUUGCCUCCUGCGAAGGGAGUUAAUCCUUAAUCUAAAUGGUGGUGAUGCACAAUGCUUCCGGUUGAUAAACAAAGAGGCUUACGACGAGCUUAAGGAUACUUCUCAGCCACACCUUCAAACCAUGCAGCUGGACAAGAUCUGUUUGGCGGUUAAAUUUCUUUCGCCCAAUAUGAUUAUAAGCGAAUAUCUAGGCUUUACCAUUUCUCCUCCACCCCUGGUCAACGUACAUCAUGCCGUGCAGUUUCUUAAAAAAAUAGACGUUUUAGAAGAGACUGAGGAUGUGACAUGGCUGGGUUGUCGGCUGACAGACCUUCCGGUUCCUUGUCAACUCGGCCGCAUGCUGAUCUUUGGCAUCCUGCUGAGGUGUCUGGAUCCUAUACUGACUAUAGUAAGCUCGUUGUUGACAGCGGAUCCGUUGGGCAUUCCGUUCAACGAGGACGUCGACCACCUGUGGGACAGAUUCACCAUUUACAUUCAGAAUCGCAUCAAGAACGAGCGUACUCGUUUGGCCGACAAUCAGUACUCCGAUCACUUCAUUUUCGUGCGCUUGUUUCAGGAAUGGCAAAAUAGACUACACAACAAGAUAACUCCGCCAUAUUUAACAGAUGAAUACGAUUUUGUCCUGAACGGGUUAAUGGAGCAGCUUAGUUGUACUCGAGCCGAACUUGUGAGCUCCUUGCGGGCGGCUAAUUUGAUUCACAGCCGUGGUAAGCUAACUAUGCAGAAUCUUAAUCAGAUGUCCGGGAAUUGGCACAUGAUUAAGGCGGCCUUGACGGGUGGGUUGUAUCCUAAUAUUUGCGUAGUAGACGCUGGGAAAAAUUGCCUGAAAUCGGCCUUUUCCGGGAAUGUUAACCUACAUCCCAACACUGUGCUACGCGACUUUUUGGAACCAUUAAACAUAUCGGCGCAGAAUUUUCGGACACCCUGGAUUGUGUGUACCAGGCAAAAGAACCAUAUUGUACACGCUACCAUGGUCGUUCCCCUCGCCGUAGCCUUAUUUGCGGGAUCUCCCCGUCUCCGUCUUUCUCAAAUAUGCGACAGUCAAAUUACAUCGUCCGAUCGCAACGUUAAUCUUUUUAUAGAUGAAUGGAUCUGGAUGGUUAUGUCUAAGCCUUCUGCCGAGAUGAUGAUGCGAACUCGCCAGUGCUUCUUUAAAAUGUACCAUGAAUUGUUGAAGAACUGCGGCAACCAGGAGAUGUGGCGUCAUGAUUCCCCGCCAGGUUCCCAUUAUGCCGUAUUGACUGAAACACUGUCAAAGAUCUUUGAAAGCGAGGAAUCCUGUGUGGGCUUUUCUAAGCCUUUGCCAAUAAUAUAUCUGCCGUCUGCUCAGCUGCCAGCAUUGUAUCUUUUGGCCGUAAAUUCGCACUUUAAUUGGAAUAGGGAAUUAGAAGAGAACUUAGAAUUGACACAAAAGCCAGAACAAUUCAAUUCUCAUUUCAUCGAGAGGCAGUUCUUCAUACUUUACUCGGAGUAUGAGAGCGAGGAGUUCCACAGCAAGACUACAGCAGCGUUUAUUGAAAGUGUUCUUGGUAAAUUUUCUAAACCCAUCGAGUCACCGAACAGGCACAUUUUUGUGAUCCUCUACAGAAAGGAUCCAUAUAUAAUGCUUAGCAUUAGUCGAGCAAAAACGAUUAACGGAGUAUUUACUUUAAAGGAAUACUUCCGAAACUCAAUUCCUGUAUAUGAAAUUUUAGAUGCUUGUGGAUCGUUAAAUGUUACCGUGCCAGUAUUUGAUGGUCGCCUUAUGUCUUGCCUAAUCGAUAAACGUGUUGGAAACUUAAUUAUGGAUUUAUUCGCCUUCCGACAUCAUUGGAUCCACCAGAGAUAAAGUGUAUUUUUGAUUAAUAUUUUCCUGUUAACGAGCAGUUAGAAUCAAAAUAACCAUGUAUAGCUUUAACAACAUUACGAGGAAUUUGUUUGUACCAUCAUUGUUUGUAAGUGAAUGUUAUUUUAACGAAUUGAGCUUAAACUACGCUCCUUUGAUUUAAAAAAGGACAGAUUCAAAACAAGCACGUGUACCCAAACGUACGAUGCUGUUGUUUUACCUGAAUUUUGAUUUUGAAUUGUGCAUCCGUUUUUUUUUUACUUUAGUUGGAGACCCAACAAAUUGAUAAGACAAUAAACAUGUUUUUUUACUUAA